UGUCCUUUUUCGCUUUUUCUUUUAUUGAGAUUUGCGAUCUAAAAAUGAAUAUAGAUUUACUUUUAAGAGCUGCGGAUUUCGUAGAAUCGAAUUCGGAUCAUGAUUAUUGCAGCUCCAAUAUUCUGUCUGCAUCAAAUAAUCACAGGAAACAGCUGAGGGAAAAAGUGUGUCAUAGAAGAGGCUAUCAUAAUGAACUAGAAAGAAGGAGACGUGCUGAUCUUAGAGAUAACUUAGAACUCCUAAAAGAUGUCAUACCUUUUAAUAUUGAGGAACGUCGUUUAUCCACUGUUAAACUACUGAAUGAAGCAGCUUCGUACGUAAGGCGCUUGAAGAAGAAAGCGGGAACACUAAACAUCGAAAUUCAGAAACUGAGCACUGAGUUAGAAAGUUUAGAAAAUAAAAGUAACGAUCAUGUUAUCACAGAAGAUCUGAGAGAUGAAAUUGAAGUACAUGAAACUGUUGUUAUAGAUUAAGUAGAAAGACUAAUUUUGAGUUAAAUUAAAUUGUGUGUUCUUUAGAUGUAAACAAAUUGCUUUUCUGCAGUUCGGUAGCAACUAAGUAUUCUUAUAUGUAUGAUUUAAUUAAAAGUUAUUUUAAUUUGUUUUUGUUUUAAUUACAC